AUGCAGUUUCUCGGUGCCCUCAUUUGCCUGCUCCUAACACUCACUCACGCACUUCCAUCCCACCCAGGAGCAUGGAGCCCGCCCUCGUCCUCCUCCUCGUCGUCCUUCUCCACUUCGCUCAUAUCGGGAGAAAGCAGAAAUGACGUGGGAAUCGUCAUCAACACCACCGCCACCGCCGACAACACCACCACCACCGCCAUCGCCAUCGCCACGCCCGCCUCCAGCCACGAGGGCGAGCUGUGUGAUCCCGACCCUUGCAUCGAAGCCUGCCGUCUGGUGUACACCGUCAUCACAAUCGGGCUCAGUUGUUAUCUAUCCCAAGUCUGCCAAGGGGGUGCCGCGUUUUUGGCGAAGCGGGCGGAACAGACCGGGGUCAGCAUGUUAUAG